AUGAUUUGUUUUUAUAUCAAUAAUUUUACUUAUAUUUUUGAACUUGUAUUUUUUUUUUUUUUCUCUCUCUCAAAAAGUGAAAACAUAUAUAUAUAUAUAUAUAAAAAUUACAAAUUAAUUUUUAAAAUUAUUUUUUUAGUUUCUAAAAAACUCGAAGCACAGUUUUCUACAGAUAAAGAAUGUCUUAAUUUAGAUAAAGUUUUACUGAUAAAUAAAGUGUCUAGAUUGGAUGUGGAAAGAUAUUAUCAUCCAGACUUGACUGAUAAGGAAUUGGAAGAAAAUAUUAAAAAACGAGGAAUCGAUUAUGAAUCUUUAGUAAAACGUCAUAAAAUAAAUGAUGAAUUUCAAAAUAAAGUUUUAUCUUGUUUUAAUAAAUUUGGAAUUACAAUCAGAAACGUGAACAGGUUUAAUUGCACUCAUGAUGAUAUUGAAUGGUGUACUUCAGUAUUUCCUAUCGGUGGAGAUGGCACUUUUCUGUAUGCUGCUAGACAAAUUUCUAAUACAGAUAAACCAGUUAUAGGAUUUAAUUCAGAUCCGUCAAGAUCUGAAGGGUAUCUGUGCCUUCCGAAAAAAUAUUCAAAUAAUAUUUUAGAUGCAUUGAAAAAGUUAAUUAAUGGAGAUUUUAGGUGGAUGUUUCGAACUCGAAUUAGGGUUACAUUAAAUGAACAAUAUGUAUCUUGCGUUCCGACAGAACUAUAUGAUGUUAGACUUCAACAAAAUAAAGUACAUGAUUAUUUAGGAAAAGAAAAAGGAGUUCAUACAUUCAAGCCGAAAAAAAUUAAACAAAAAGUACCUGUACUCGCUUUAAACGAAGUAUUUAUGAGUGAAAUAUUUGCUGCUAAAAUUUCUCAUUUUGAAAUGCGCCUCAACAAUUCAAAUAAAAGUGUAAAAAUAAAAAGUUCAGGUUUAUGUGUGUGUACAGGAACCGGAUCAACUUCCUGGAAUUUAAGUAUUAAUAGACUGAGUCAAGAUGAUGUUCGUGAUAUUUUAAAAUUGUAUAUUUCUGAAACUAAGGGUGAAAUCGAUGAUAAUUUUACUGAUUUAGUUUCAUACAUUUCUCACAAUUUCAAUGAUAAAUUUCAAUUUGAGCCUGAGAAGCAAAUAUUAUGGUAUACUAUCCGCGAUUUGAUAUCGCUCAGAGUUUGGCCAUAUCCGAAAGGUAUCAUAGAGCCUAGAGGGUAUGCAAAAACAAUUGAACUGAAAUCUAAAUGUUUGGAUGCUGCAAUAAUUGUUGAUGGAGCCAUAUUUUUUCCAUUUAAUGAAGGGGCCAUUUCCAUUUUGGAAACUCAUCCAGAAGAUGCUCUUAGAACGGUCGUUUUAAACGAUUGA